UUAGCUAAUUCUCUGAACAGUUUGAGACUGGAGGGCCAGAAAACAGCAGCUAUUGAGAUUCUGCAGUAGUUUGAUUGGCAGGUCCCGGAUUGGGUUAUAGUUCCGGGAGGCAAUCUCGGAAAUAUAUAUGCAUUCUACAAAGGGUUUCAUAUGUGUAAGGAGUUAGGCCUGGUUGAUAAGAUUCCUAGACUUGUGUGUGCUCAAGCUGCAAAUGCAAACCCUUUGUACUUGCAUUACAAGUCGGGGUGGGAUGAGGAGUUCAAGCCUGUGAAGGCAAACACUACGUUUGCGUCUGCAAUUCAGAUUGGGGAUCCUGUUUCCAUUGACAGGGCCGUGUAUGCGCUGAAGAAGUCGGAUGGGAUUGUGGAGGAGGCGACCGAGGAGGAGUUGAUGGUCACGGAUUUUGACUGCUCAUUCAAGUCCGGUACCUCUCUUCAACCCAGCAUUUUGACUGGUCACGGAUCAGUAGAAAAGCUAACAAAGCAGCUCACCUUGUUGCUUCGUCGGCUCAUAGCGGGAAGUGUCCUCCUGAUUGGGUUCUCCAACCACCUUCCCCCUUACUUGAAAUUUUACUGUUCGAUGGUUUACUAGGUCCUUCGUCUGUUUACAAGUGGAUAAGGGUUCUGCUUGGGUUCUUAUUCCCCUUGCUUUCUGCUUAUGGUUCUCAUUACCAAAAAAAUAAAAAACCAUGUGCUUAAGGUUCUAACUUUCA